AUGAUAGAGCUGUAAAAAAAAGAGUUUAAAUAUCUGCUAUUGGUUUACAUAAUAAUCUCUAAAAUAUCAAUUAUUUUGUAAAUUUUUUAGUACCUCUAGCUUUAUAACUAAUUAGAUAAAUUUGUAUAUUUGAGCGAUAAAGCAUUUGUUGUAAUAUUUUUUUUAAAUCGAUAUGCGAGUGCCAUUUUUCUAGUGAGGAUUUUUCAAAUUAAAUGGAUCAAAGCACUUUGCCUGGUUUCGUUUUUCUUAGAAGAUAUUUACUACUUUAGAGGUUUAAAAUAUGAAUUGGAAGAGCAACAAAAUGAAGAAAUAAUUAUCUAUUAAAAUUUAUUGAAUGGUAUUAAUGAAGAAGACUUCUAAACAAAAUAUGCUAAGUUAUUUAAAUUGUUGCUAUUAAGCAAUAAUAUUUUGAUUCCUGCUAAAAUUAUCAGUUUCAUUUGGUCUAUUGACAACGAAACACUUGAAACAAAUUUUAUAGGCUUGUAUGUUAUCAUUUCAUUUGCGAUAGACUAGUACAUUUUUUGGAUGGAUGGGUUAUUCUACUUGAAUUAUCUUAUUCACUUAGAUGCAGCAGGUCUCCCACAAGUACUUAUUCAAGAAACUCUUAUUACUUCAAUUAAUUUUCUUGCUUGUGUUGCAAUAUUUAUUUAAAAUAUGAGAUUAGAAUACUUCUUUUGGCUUUACUUGAUAUUUAAUAUGCUAUUAAUUUAUAAUUAUUAUAAAUCAAUAAGAAGUAGAGCAAUUUACAGCUAAAUGUAUUUUUUAAUUUAUGCAUUGAUUAUAAAAAUGUUAUGUCAUGUUGAUGUUGAGUGUAAAAUCGUUAUAGCGAAUUAUGAGUCAAUAGGUUCCUUAACUUUGAAUAAAACUAUAAAAUUCUCUAUUAUUUAGAAAUUAGUUCUUUAUUUAUUUUUUUCACUCAACCUUUACUAAUCAAAUAAGAUCAAUUAUUACCAAUAAGGUCUUAUAAUUUUAGCCAUUACAACUAUAGCAGUAUAAGUUAUUAGAUUUUGCUGUAACAUUGAUAUUCUUAAUUUCAGAAAUCCUUACAAAAUUGAAAUAGACAACUUUUACGACCUGAAGAGAUGCAUGGUUGAGUAUGAAAAUCAAAGUAAUUAAAAUGGUUUCUAUAAGAAUCUACAAACUGUGGAAAUUUAUAUCGCUUAUGAAGAUUUUGUAAAUGAAUCUGAUUUAAUAAAUUGCUUAUUAUGUGCUUUUGGAAAAUCAGAAAUUAACUCGUCAGCCUAUCAAAGAAAGAAUUUAGCUUAAUCAAACAGCUAUUAAAAAAUAAGAAUUUUAAAUUACAUCCAUGCAGACAGCUUUGAAAUAGGUCUCUAAAACUGUAAAAUUCUACCAUAAAUAGUAUAGCUAGAAGCUUAUUUAACACAUAUUAAGUAAUAUUAAUUCGCUAAAUGUCUUUUAUAAAACAAUUGUAUCUUAUGGCUAACAAAUUUAGAUAUUGAUUUAAACCAAAAUAUGUCUGUAUUAUGGAGACAGAACUAAUAUAUACUAUAAAUUUUAACUACACAAAUGCAAAUUAUAGCUUAUAAUCAAAAUAUUUCUAUCGAAUAAACAUUUAACCCUUAAAUCAUAUUCUACGAUAUUUAUGUAUGA